AUAAGAAGAGAGGUGGUGGAGCUAUAUUUAUACCUCUCCAAACCUUGCCUUUACCACCACCACCUCCUCUCUUCCAUUCUUCUUAGGUCACCGGAGUUCCUGCAUAACAACUUACACCGAUGGCGGAAACCGGCGGUGGAAUCACGGUGGCUGAAAAACUAAAAGGAUGGUUCCCAGAAAGGGUUCAACUCCACAUAGCCAUGCUUGCUUUGCAAUUUGGUUAUGCUGGUUUUCAUGUCGUUUCUAGAGCUGCCCUAAAUAUGGGUAUCUCGAAGAUUGUCUUUCCAGUGUAUCGAAACAUUCUCGCCUUCGUACUCCUCGUCCCUUUUGCUUAUUUCCUUGAAAAAAAAGAGCGGCCUCCCAUUAACUUGAAUUUUCUUGUCCAUUUCUUCCUCCUUGCGAUCGUUGGGAUCACCGCGAAUCAAGCAUUCUACUUGUUGGGCUUAGACAACACUUCUCCAACGUUCGCCUCCGCCAUUCAAAACUCGGUUCCCGCCAUCACAUUCCUCAUGGCCGUCCUUCUCCGGUUAGAAAAGGUAAGACUAGACCGGAAAGAUGGGAUAUCGAAAGUGGCCGGAACAUUAUUCUGCAUUGCCGGAGCAUCAGUGAUCACCUUAUACAAAGGUCCAACAAUCUACAGCCCGUCUCCAUCUCUAAACAGCAUUAAGGAAGCUUCACCAGUGUUGAAGUCACUUGGUGAUGCAAACGGAAAAAGCUGGACCCUUGGAUGCAUAUUUUUGAUCGGUCAUUGCUUGUCAUGGUCCGGGUGGCUCGUGCUACAAGCCCCGGUCCUAAAGAAGUACCCGGCUCGGCUUUCUUUCACAUCAUACCAAUGCUUCUUUGGAGUCCUACAGUUUCUAGUGUUAGCUGCGUUUAUGGAGAGAGAUAUCAACGCAUGGUUCAUUCACACGGGUGCUGAGCUCUUUAGCGUGUUCUAUGCGGGUGUGGUCGCAUCAGGGAUUGCAUUUGCUGUACAGAUAUGGUGCAUUGACAGAGGUGGCCCGGUGUUUGUAGCCUUGUAUCAACCAGUUCAAACCCUUGUGGUUGCUAUCAUGGCCUCAGUUGCUCUAGGCGAAGAGUUUUAUUUGGGCGGAAUAAUAGGAGCGGUGUUGAUCAUCACUGGCUUGUAUCUUGUGUUGUGGGGAAAGAGUGAAGAAAGGAAGUUGAUGCUACAAAAGCAGCCUGGAAUGGGUCAAGCCGUCACGGACCAUGGUGUACCGAGAUUAACGGGCCAUCCCAAGUCGUCGAUCACUCAACCUCUACUCCCUCAGUCGACCGAAAACGUUUGAUCAACAUAACACUUACGUUUUUUAACUAGUGUGUGCUUUUGGGACUUGGAAAGAAAAAUUAUUUAAGUUUCUAUGCAUCUAUUAUGUAAGAGAAAAAAAACGUUUGGUGUGUUUAUUGGAUUUGGUGCUCCCCUUUUUAAUUAGUAUUGGAAUGAUUAGAUUAAACAUUACAAUAUUCUACGUA